CCCCACCUGCCCACCACCUAUCUAUCAUAUCACAAACUCUUCUUUUUUUUUCUUUGUUCUCCGAAUUUUACCACCCAAUCAAAAACACUUCUCUUCUUCCUCUUCUUCUUCACCAUCUCUUCUCUCUCUCCUUUUUCCCAAAAAUUUUCUACCUUUGUUUCUUUCUUCUCUCAGAUUUCAUAAAAAAAGAUUAGUUUUUUUUUCAUUGGAAUCCGUGAGAGUAAAACAGAGGAUAAGCGAUUAUGGGUUCAAUCUCUUUAUCCAAUUCUCUGCCCAUAACGCGAGUUCCGCUACUUACAUCAUCACUCAGCCAUCUUCCGAUUUCUUCUUCUACUUCUUUCUCUCUUCUUCCUCCUCUCUCUAAUCGUCGUCGCUCCUCCUCUUUUUCACCUUCAAUCGCCGUCUCUGCCUUCUUCUCAGCUCCUGCCAGCGUUAAUAAUAAUAAUAACUCUGUUCCGGCACGAAACGGAGGCUAUACUGUUGGAGAUUUCAUGACACCCAGACAGAAUUUGCAUGUUGUCAAGCCUUCAACGUCGGUCGAUGAUGCAUUGGAACUUCUGGUUGAGAAGAAAGUCACGGGAUUGCCUGUAAUUAAUGAUGAUUGGACUCUGGUUGGUGUUGUUUCUGAUUACGAUUUGCUUGCAUUGGACUCCAUCUCUGGCCGCAGUCAAAGUGAUGCAAACUUGUUCCCUGAUGUCGACAGUACCUGGAAAACGUUCAAUGAACUCCAGAAACUGAUAAGUAAGACAUAUGGAAAAGUUGUUGGAGAUUUGAUGACACCUUCUCCUCUCGUUGUUCGUGAUUCUACCAAUCUAGAAGAUGCAGCCAGGUUGCUUCUGGAAACAAAGUUCCGAAGAUUACCAGUUGUGGAUGCAGAUGGAAAACUGAUUGGGAUCCUUACAAGGGGAAACGUUGUAAGGGCUGCGCUGCAAAUCAAAAGGGAAGCCGAGAACUCUACAUAGCUAGGAAGCAGCAGUGAUGGAGUAGAUCCCUUGAAUCUUCCAUAGUUGAUAGCAAAAUCUAUUUAUUCCAUUGAUAUAAGUAUAUAUAUAUAUCCCACCCAUUCUCUGUCAAUUUUUGGCUUUCAGAAGCAAAUUUUUUACUUUAGGAGUAACAUUUCUCAGACUCACAACUGAAGACAAAUGGUAUUUGAUACAUAUAUGUAUGUUAUUGUAGCACAAGUAGACCAAGCAGAGUCUAACUACUCUUCAAUCUCUCA